ACAGCAACAUCCUUACCUGGGACGUAACCACCAAAACAGUGCCCUGUCUGAAGCACAUCCUACUGAUCGGCUAGACCUCUUCCUAUCCUUUGAUACUAACAGACUGAUGUUAGAGCAGUCCUGUCAUCCUGCCACAGACGAAGUAAUGGAGCUAGUGUUGGGGCUUUUUAGCGUUGCCAUAUCAUGUGGUUGCAUAGUGCAAGUAAAAAUGGAGGUUGUCUUCUCACAAAUGGUGCGUUUCAGGAAUGGCUGAUUUAUGGGUUUUGAAGUAGUUACAUUUCUCAGGUUGUCUGCGAGUGAUAGUUUGUAGACGUUUGCCUUGUCGCUAUGGGCAGAUCUCCGGGAAAAUGGAUCAAAUCUGUUCUCUUUGGGAAAAAGGCAUCCAAAUCUAAGCUGUCAAAAGGAAGAGAGAUUACGAAAUAUAAAAGCCCAAAUUUGGCAGUAGCUUCUCCUGAGGAAUUAGCAUUUAAUUUGGCUGUGGACCCUCCGUUGAUCUCACAGCCAGUUGCUAGUAUCGGUGAUGGAAUAAGAGAGAAAUCAGACUUGGAAAUGGGAGUGGGUUCCAACUUGCCAAAUGAUGGGGUGCUGUUAUCUCCAGCCAAGCAAGGUGGAUAUGCACAAACAACCACAGAUAUCAGUUUACCUAAAGAUUCUGAGAAAAUCAGACUUGAGCAAGCGGCUACAAAGGCACAAGCUGCUUUUAGGGGUUAUCAGGCUCGCCGGGCAUUUGAAGCCCUCAAGGGCAUUAUAAGGCUGCAAGCGUUUGUUCGUGGUCAUUUGGUUAGAAGACAGGCUGUUGCCACUUUAUACUGUGUGCAGAGGAUUGUUAAGCUUCAGGCACUUAUUCGUGGUCAAAAGGUCAGGCGUUCUGAUGUUGGGGCUGAAGUGCUUAAGCAUCAGCGUUUGGGAAAACUGGAUGCUCAAUGGAUGGAUUCUUGUAAAUCCAAUGCAUCUAGUCUUGCAGGGAAACUGUUAAAUAAUGUUUUUAUUCGUCAGCUACUUUCUUCGUCACCGACUACAAUGCCUCUGCAAAUUCAGUAUGGUCCAGGAGAACAAAAUUUUGCGUGGGACUGGCUAUUACGCUGGACAAUUUCUCAUGUUUGGGGAUCCCAUUUAGAACCAAAGAAGCUUGACCCAAAGGAUGGCAGCAGUAUUCAAGCAGUUAGAAAUUUGCAAGGAAGGCCAAAAUGCAGCAGCCGGAGAAUGUUGGCUGCAAAUGUUGAAAUUGGUUCAAACCUUUCGACUUCGAAGUCUGAAAAACAAAUAUGCAAUUUGAAGAAAGUUUUGAACCCUUCCACAAAAUCUGUUCAGGAACAUGCCCAAAAUGAGAUCGAGAAGGUUAAAAAAAAUCUGAAGAAAAUUUCUAACUCCACAUCAGACACUUUUGUUCAGCCUGAGGUCAAUCCAGAGAAACCAACAGAAAUACAUAAGAAAUCAUCGAACUCUGCUGGCCCUGGUUUUAUAGAACAGGACGUAAAUGUUCUUGCUGAGAAGGUGACAAAUAAUUCAGAAGUAAGAGUGUUAAAGCCCUCUGAUGACCAGAUGAGUCCAAAACAGCAAGAACUGCAGGGACCAGUACCUGAGCUGGAUGAUCAUCCUGCUGUUGAUGUGCAAUGCAAACAAAUUAAAAGUAGAAGUGAGUAUGUUCUUAUGGUAGAUCCUAAGGAUGAUCGAAUCACCAACAAGAAUCAGAAAACCAGCAGGAGAAGAGCUUCAUUACCUGCAAAACAUGAUAAUCAAGAGAAUGGGUCACACAACACACCAAGAAUUCCCAGCUACAUGGCAACAACCAAGUCUGCAAAGGCUAAGCUGAGAGGGCAAGUCUCCCCAAGGUUUGGCCUGGAGGAAGCUGAGAAGAAAGUUAUAACCAGGCGGCAUUCCUUACCUUCUUCCACCAAGGGCAAGUUGAGUUCAUCGCCACGAGCGCAGAGGCUGGUUCAAGCAAGGGACAAGGAUGGAAAAAAAAGUGACAGAUCUCUCUCUUCUUCUAGAGAUGGUAUUGGUGAGAACUUCUGAACAUGAGAUGAUUAUAUCUGACAGAUAAAGUGUAUGUGCAUUUAUGCAUGCAUAUUGUUUGUGGGUAAUGCAAAAGCUGUCCUAAGAAUAAGGAGGUUUUGAAGGCUUGAUUAUGAUCUUGAGAUUUUCCUUUCAAUAGUUGAGUUCAUCUUCAGUAAUCUGAACAGCUUGAUUUUGUUCUCUAAUAAUGCUGUUGACACCUAGAGUUCUUACAUCAGCUGUGCGCUUCUAGUAUUCAUGGUCAGCCUCAUAUUAGACAUGGUUGUAUGUACAACAUAAUUGAACGUUUUAGUGGAUAUUCUCAUUUUUGAAUUCGUGGAUCACAAUAUACUUCUGGUGUUUUUGUUGAUUAUAGGUUUUAUGAGAUGCUUAUAUCACUUUUCUGAUCUGUCCUGAAGGUUGUCUUUCAAUUUCAGAGGUGUUGAUCCAAGCAGAGUGGAGGAGGUGAUUUGGCCUACACUCAGACAUGUUGCCGCAAAGUUACCAAGAGCAGGUUUAAAGGAAAUUAGAGAAUUGUUUGAAAAUUUUCUUUUUUGUCUCUCUGGAUUAUAGUUGUGGAACUUGGAUAACAAAAGUGUGGUGUGCCUGCUGUGUUACACAUUCUAGUUUUUGAUGGGCUUAUAAAUGUAGACAUUAGGGUAGUUGGGUUUUCAUACUAGCAAUGAGAUUCACAGUGGGAUUACCAUCACAGGCAUACCUUGUUAGUGCCAUUGAUGUAAACUUUGAACUCUCUGAAUUUAUUGAUGAAGCAUGGGGGUGUUGCCAUGGUUGGUCUGUAUUCAAUAUACGAUUCAUCACCUCUACUCGGGUGUUUAAAUUUCCGCCAACCUAACCCGAUUAUUCGAAUUCUACUAAUUUUUAGCUGGCUUAUGGAACAAAUUGUAGUAUUUCGCAAAUGAUUGGGUAAGAAUGUGGAAUACCCAUAAAAAUUUUGCAUUCCUAUCCGACACCCGUAUAUAUAUAUUUACUUUUUGAAAAAAAAAAUAUUUGUUCUUAAAUGACAUUGUUUUGUAGUUGUUUAUGUAUUGCGUUUUAGACUUUUAGAGAAUAUAUAUAGGAUUUAUAUGUUUUUUUCAAUGUAAUUGGUUUAUUGUGUUGGUUUACAUAUUAUUAUAUUAUAUUUUAACAGCUUAAUUGUAAAAGUAGUCCAAAAAUUACUUUAAUUGAGUUGUUAAAAUGGUCUAAAAAUUAAUAAUUAAUAAUUAAAAAAUUACAAAUAUGUGAUAUAUUAUGUAAUACUAUUCAAAUUUAGAGCUGAUUUUUUUUUGAACGAAAUUUGGUAAGAACAUAAUCCUCGAUUGGAUAGAAUCGAUCAAGAAAUUGAACUUUUGUAAUGCAUUUGCUCGGAAGAUAAACUACAAUAUUUUUUAUCUGUCGACAUGAGUGAACAACCCUACCACUACUUGUUGCUAUGAGUGAUGGUGGCAUGGGGACAAGAAUCAUAUAUGUUCACUUUGUAAAUGGCAGGAGUAAAAUGCAGCGUGGUGCGUGAGGUUUCUGCCAUGCCACUGGAGGGUGUGGCAAGGAUUAUACGAUAUUCUCUCCGUUUCUAAAUAUCUGUCAUUUUGAACAAUUAUUUUUGUUUCAUAAUAUCUGUCAUUUAAUGAAACUAAAACAUAAUUAAUAUUUUUUCUUUCAAAUUUACCCUUAUCUCUGUUUUUCAAUAAGUG